GUGUGUAACAGAAAAGUAUAGAUAUACAUAUAUAAAAUUAAGACAAAGGAACGCAGAUGAAAUUAAAGGCAUACAAAAAUACGCUGUGAAAGUUUAAAAUAAACUAGCGUGCAAUAAGAUUGUUACAAAAAUCUUUUAAAGCUAAAAAUGGUAGCAGUUUAUGAAAAUAAUUUUGUUGAAGAAGACCCAACAACACUAUGUGGUUGGGUGCGUAAUUUCCGUAUAAAACGAUCACAAAUGAAACGAAAGCUACGUGGCAAUUUACGUGUGAAUGCAAUGUUAAAUACGGCAUUGCUCACAGCCGAAGCUGAAUUGCGUCGCAAACAAAGGGAACGUUUUUGUCGCUGGGCGGAGUUUCAAGCAAAAUUGGAUGGUAAUUAUACCACCAACACUUAUAUAAAGGCCGAUAUGUCUGACGAAGAAGAAGCCGAGCGACGUGAAAAAAUCGAUAAUUUGUGGAAAAGUGAGCUGAGUGACCUGGAUUCAUUUAUGCGUUCGUUGAGUAGUACUAAUAGAAUUUGUGAUGCAAAAACGAUGGCAUAUGAGAAUGAAUAUGAUGUAAAAAGUGAUAAUUGCAAUGUGCUACAUACCAUUGCAGUAGUUAGUUGAUAGUUGUUAAAAAAUUUGUCAUGUGAUUUAUUAUGUAGCUGAUGAUAUUUGUUGCAGAUGUCUAAAAACUGUAUCUAUGUAUGUAUAUUUA